ACCGCAUCCGCUCCUGCAUUCCCCGAAGCUCAGACUCAUCCAGUCGCCCCACACGCCGAUUGGAUUCGGAUCCCAAUGGCCAAGCUCGCCGUCUUCCUCCUCCUCCUCGCCGUGGCCGCAUCCGCCACCGUGCCGGCGCACGGCCGCGAUCCCCCGACUGAGAUCAAGCUCAUCCGAGGCGCGGACGCCAGCGGCGUGGGCGGCGACAGCAUGGAGUGCGUGUACACGGUGUUCAUCCGGACGGGGUCGAUCUGGAAGGCCGGGACGGACGCGAACAUCACGCUGCAGCUGGCCGGCGCGGACGGCAACGGCGUGGGGAUCUCGGACCUGCCCUCCUGGGGCGGGCUCAUGGGGCAGGGCCACGCCUACUUCGAGCGCGGCAACCUGGACAUCUUCAGCGGCCGCGGGCCCUGCAUGGCGAAGCCGCCGUGCUGGAUGCGGCUCAUCUCCGACGGCACCGGCGAGCACCAUGGCUGGUACUGCAACUACGUCGAGGUCACCGUCACGGGCCCGCACAAGGGGUGCACGCAGCAGCUCUUCACCGUCGAGCAGUGGCUCGCCACCGACGCCGCGCCCUACAAGCUCGAGGCCGUUCGCGACCUCUGCAGCGCCGAUGGCAAGAGCGUCGCGGCGGCGUGACGUGGCCGGCGGCCGGCAGAGGAGAGAGAGUACACGCGCCUGGAUCGACCUGGGUGGCUUGGUUGGUUGGUGGCAAGUCGUAAUAAGUUGUGGGCCGCGACACGACGCGCUCGUGAUUAGAGUGCGGCACGAUGCAUGUAUGAUGAUGAUGACGAUGAUGAACUGGAGUCGUGCGCGGCGAGUCGAAUAAUCGGGAGCCACCUCGCGUGAUGUGGUCAUGUGGAGCGUGCAGGUUUGGUUGUUUUUGUAGAUGAACGUGUUGGAUCUUGAUCCAUGUGUUUGGGAAAUGGUAAUCCGCGUUAUCAUCCCUGCUUCUUGCAGCUGCCAAUGCUUGGAUUUGGAUACUAGCUGAAGUUUCUUCUCCAA